AUGGGAAAUCAAGCUCCUCAACUCGUCUACUCAGUAGAAUGUUCAGAAAAGAAGGAAGGUGAGACUUCUAUUAGAAGAUCUCCCGUCUCUGCCUUAGGAUUGAAGAAGCAACCUGAAAAGGAUAUUUUGACCAUGCAAGAUGCUUGGAUUAAAGUAGUAAAAACAUGUGGUGAUCAGCAAUUCCUCUUCACUAGAAAUAAAUAAACUAAUAUUUAUGAAGGUAAGACUUACAAUGAAGUCAAUGCUUUAGCUCGUGCCCUUGGUUCUGCUAUCGUUCAUGAAAAACUUUACUACGAGUCUAACGAAGACAGCAGAUUCCCUGGCUUGAAGAUGGUUGGUAUCUUUGCUAAAAACUGUGAAGAAUGGACUAUUUUCGAUGUUUCAAACAUGCUUUAUGGACACGUUGCUAUCCCACUUUACGACACUUUAGGUCCUUAGAAUAUUACUUAUUGCUUGAAGCACUCUGGAAUUAUUACUUGUAUUGCUUCUGGAGCUUCUGUUUCUCAAUUCGUUAAGACUACUGAUAUUGGAAGCUUAAAAAACAUUAUUGUUAUUGACGAUGUUAAGCCUGAAGACAAGCUAGCUAUGGAAUAAAGAGGUGUCAAGUUCUAUUCUUGGGAUGCCAUUAUUAAUAUUGGUAAGCUCAACCCUAAGGACAUUGUUUAAGUUUAGGAAACUGACUGUCUUACCUUCUCCUACACCUCUGGUACUACUGGUGAUCCCAAGGCUGCUAUGAUGUCUCAUUAAAACUUUAACUCUGUUUUGGCUGCUCUCAAGUACCACCCUAAUGUCAAAUUUUAUCCUGAUGAUGUUCACUUAAGUUAUUUGCCUAUGCCUCACGUCUUUGAAAGAGUUUUCGUAUAUGCUGUCCUUUCUCAAGGUGCUAAGAUUUACUUCUAUUCUGGUGAUGUCUAAAAGCUAAAGGAUGAUUUGGCUGUUGUUAAGCCCACUUUCUUCAUAUCAGUUCCUAGACUCUACAAUAGAUUCUAUGAUUUGAUUAAUUAAUAAUUUGAAAAGUAGACUGGAGUUUAGAAGUUCCUCUUAAACAUGGCUUUGAGCACCAAGUUUGAAGGAAUCAAGACUGGUAAAUGCACUCAUGCUCUUUACGACAAGUUGAUUUUUUCAAAGACUAAAUAACUUUUUGGUGGACGUUGCCGUUUCUUGGUUACUUCUUCUGCUCCUAUUUCUAAGGAUGUCAUCGAUUUUAUGAAAGUCAUCUCUUGUGUUCCUAUGAUUGAAGGUUAUGGUCAAACUGAAUCUACUGGUGCUACCUUCACUACUUUCUUUGAAGAUCCUGAAUCUGGUCAUUGUGGUGGUCCAACUGCUGCUGCUGAAUAUAAGCUUGUUGAUGUACCCGAUAUGAAUUACUUCUCUACUGAUAAGAAUGAAAAAGGAGAACCCCAACCAAGAGGUGAAAUUUGCUUUAGAGGAACUGGUAACUUUAUGGGUUACUUCAAAGACUUAGCUAAGACUAACGAAGCCAUUGAUAAGGAUGGCUGGUUACACACUGGUGAUGUUGGUAUGAUCUUACCUCAUACAUAAGCUUUAAAAAUUAUUGAUAGAAAGAAAAACAUUUUUAAGCUUCAAUAAGGUGAAUAUGUUGCUCCUGAAAAGGUAGAAAACUCUUACUUAAAAGUUAGAGGUAUUCAAGAAAUCUUCGUUUAUGGAGACUCUCUUCAAUCUUAUUGUAUUGCAAUUGCUGUUUUAGAAAAGGCCUUCAUUGAAGAUUUAGGUAAAUAAAAGAAUAUUUCUGGUACAUACGAAGAGCUAUGUUAAAAUCCUGAAAUAGUUUCAGCUGUCUUAGCCUCUCUUGAAAAGUAGGGACGUGCUGACAAGCUUGCAGGAUUUGAAUUGGCCAAAAAGUUGUACAUCCACCCAGAAUCAAUGGCCAAUCUCAACUGUAUGACCACAACAAUGAAAAUACAACGUCAUAAUGCCAAAAACGUUUUCAAACAAUAAAUCGAUAAAAUGUACUCUACUCCUUUAGCUAAUGCAUGA